AUGUCGGAGUUCGGUGCCAGUACACGGCAAGUGUCGCCCCGGUCUUCUCUGGAGGCUGGAACCAAAAUUAUUAUGGUGGCCAAAUCUGAGAAAUUGUCUGAGCAGCAAUCUGCCAUUACUUCUGGUUACCUCAAACCAAAGACAAAUAACCUACAAUGCCUGGACAUGAAUGAAAAGAAGAAAAGGUGGAAGCAGCCAAAUGCAAUGCACGCACAAUGUACGCCGACGGAGAGACCGCUCAAGCAGAUGUCUGUGCCUCCCUCCCUCAUGCUACCAACAUCAUUACUCUGCUCUCUAAUGGUGGGCGAGACACUUCUCAACUCUUGUCAAUGA